AUGAGGAGGAGAAUGGCCUGAAGGGCCAGGGCAGGGAUUUUUCCAGGUGAUCCAGACAGAUGCAGAGCCAAGAUGUAUAAGUUGGUGCUGAUGGGCAGCUGUUGUGUGGGCAAGAGCGCCCUGAUCCUCCGGCUUCUUCAGAAUCGGUUUGUGACUGAGUAUGAGCCCACCAUUGAAGACUCCUACCGUAGGCAGAUGGUGGUAGAUGGGGAACCCUGCCUGCUAGACAUCCUGGACACCACAGGCACCGAAGAAUACAGCACUCUUCGGGACCAGUUCAUUCGCUGGGGGGAGGGCUUCCUCUGUGUCUAUGCCCUGGAUGACUUCAGAUCUUUCCAGUAUGUGAACAUUGUCUGGGACCAGCUGCAGAGAAUCAAGGACAGUGACCGGGUGCCCGUGGUGCUGGUAGCCAACAAAGCUGAUGUGACCAAGAGGCAGGUGGACCCCGCGUUGGGCCGAGAGGUAGCUAAGAGCCUCGGGGUUCCCUUCGUGAAGACAUCAGCCAAGACUGGACAAGGUGUGGAGCGUGCCUUCCAUGAACUGGUCCGGGAGAUUCGGAGGUUGGAAACUGAGGAAGAGCUUAAGGACCACCGGGAGAUUAGAAAGAACCGCGGCUGUGGCAUCAAGCUGUGCACAAUCCUGUAA